AUGUAUUAUUUAGGUUUAGAAAGUGAUAUUUCAACUAUAUCGCAAUCAUCAAGUUCAUCUCAACCAAAACAGCAAGCAAAUAAGACUCCAGCUAUAGAUAAACCAAUUUUAGAAACAAAUCAAACUUCAGAAAUAGAUAAACCAAAUUCUAAUGCUAAUAAUGAAGAAAACAAUUAUGAAAUAAUAAAUGAAGAUAACAAACAACCAUAUUAUAAUGAAAUUAAUAGUGAAAAAGCUAACGAAGAAUAUGAUAAAUCAGAAAAAGAAGAAACUUAUAAAGAAAAUGAAAUACUUUCUAUUUCUGAAGAGGAUUUUAGAGAAUUUCUUCAAGGAUGGGCCGAGUUACUAGAAGAGAAACAAAAUACAAGUUUGGAUAAAGACAUUAAUAUUGAUUUAGAUAAUGUGACUCAUCCCGCUUUAGAUAAAAAUGCUAAAUAG